AUGGAUGUGGACCAAUGCAACGGCAAUAUCCCCUCUGAAUGCGACUACGACACUUCGAAGUUCCACCAGAUUCUUGUGGAGGAUCCACACUCAGGUUCUUCUUGCUCCUUCACGAUUCCUAAACGCUACGCGAACUUGAGAUUUCUGAAUGCUGGCGCUCAAGGAACUGUUGUGUCCGCUGACGACACUUUGACCGGGACGAAAGUCGCUAUCAAGAAGAUGCAACAACCAUUUGUGAUGACGAUGAGUGCUCGUAGAGCGUACCGC